UUUCCACAUAAAAAAUUAGCUUCAGUCAUCGGCUAAAAGUGGAAAUAGAAGAAGCUCCAACCACCAAAUUUUUCAUUUUCCCAAUCCUCAAAGAAAAACAAAAAUGGCGGAAAAAGGUUCGGUUGAGGAUUUCUUGGCCCAGGCGGUGGAAGCUGCCAAGAAAGCUGGAGAGGUGAGUUUCUGUAAUCUAAUUUCUUAUGAAUUUGAUUCUCAAUCAACUGGAUUGCAGAUUAUUCGUCGUGGCUUCUAUGAGACCAAGCUUGUUGAGCACAAAGGCCUGGUGGAUUUGGUCACGGAGACUGACAAGGCAUGCGAAGAACUCAUAUUCAGUUCGCUAAAACAGCAAUAUCCUGACCACAAGUUCAUUGGGGAAGAAACAACUGCUGCCUGUGGAGUGACUGAAUUGACGGAUGAACCAACUUGGAUCGUUGAUCCUCUGGAUGGAACGACUAACUUUGUCCAUGGGUUCCCAUUUGUAUGUGUAUCUAUUGGACUCACAAUCGGACGAAUUCCUAAAGUGGGUGUCGUCUACAACCCGAUAAUGGAUGAGCUUUUCACUGCAAUUCAUGGAAAAGGUGCUUUCCUCAACGGAAAAUCUAUUAAGGCGUCUUCACAAACUGAGCUCGUAAAGUCUCUACUUGCAACAGAGGCGGGUACCAAGCGUGACAAGGCCACCUUGGAUGCAUCCACAAAUAGGAUCAAUAGCUUACUCUUCAAGGUUCGGUCACUUCGGAUGAGUGGCUCUUGUGCCUUAAAUCUCUGUGGAAUUGCAUGUGGAAGGCUUGAUCUGUUCUAUGAAGUAGGUUUUGGUGGGCCCUGGGAUGUAGCAGCUGGAGCUGUAAUUCUUACUGAAGCUGGAGGGCAUGUAUUUGAUCCCACCGGCAAGGAGUUCGACAUCACUGCUCAACGUGUAGCAGCUUCAAAUGGUUUUCUAAAGGAUGCAUUUGUUGAUGCUCUGAAACAAUCAGAAUAGAGAUGGCCAGUUGAGUUUCUUGUCACACCACACCUCUGUAGCACCAAUAUCAUUUACUUGCUUGCUUAUUCUUCCUAUUGGAUGAGGCUUACACCCAUACUAUUUUUACAUUUUAUACAAAACUUAUAUACUUUCUGUUAUGGAAGAAUUCCUUGUUGCGAAGUUCUAAUA